AUGUGGGCGGCGGGGUUGUCGGGGGCUGCUUCUCCCAAUCCUUCCACUCGGUUUGCUGCCGACAGUAGAUCCAGGUCUCGGCCGUCCUGGAGCUCCUCCGUUCUCAUGACGGGCGCCCGGGGGCAGAGGCUGGAGGCGGAGGCGAUGUCCGUAUGCUCGCCGUUGCCGUCGCUGAGCUGCAGCAACUCUACCAUGUCGCUGUUGUCUCCCCUCGGCCACCGGAGCUUCCCGUUUAGCGAGGAUGACGGUGACGGGGAGGAUGAGGAAGACGUGGACGAAGAUGCGCUUGACUCAGAGGCCAAGGUGGCGAGCCUGAGAGGAAUGGAGUUACAGGGGUGCUCCAGCAGUGAGGUUGAAUCGGAAGAUAACCAAGAACAGAAACAGGUGUGCUUACCAGAAAGCAGCCUGACACCAUGGGAGGUGUGGUUUGUUGGCAAAGAAAAAGAAGAACGUGACCGGCUGCAACAGAAAGCUCAAGAGGAAUUAAAUCAACAACUAGAAAAAAGAAAAGAAAUGGAAGAACGUGAAAAAAGAAAGAUAAUUGCUGAAGAAAAGCACAAGGAAUGGGUUCAGAGAAAGAAUGAACAGAAAAAAAAAGAAAGGGAACAAAAAAUUAAUAAAGAAAUGGAAGAAAGAGCAGCAAAGGAACUGGAGAAAGAACAUUUGCAAGAAAAAGCAAAAGAAAAAUAUCAAGAAUGGUUAAAGAAAAAAAAUGCUGAAGAAUGUGAGAAAAAGAAGAAAGAAAAGGAAAAAGAAAAACAACGGCAAGCUGAAUUACAGGAGAAAAAGGAAAUAGCAGAAAAAAAGUUUAAGGAAUGGUUGGAAAUUGCAAAAAAUAAACCUCGUCCAGCUGCAAAGAGCUAUGGUUAUGCCAAUGGAAAACUUACAGGUUUUUACAGUGGAAAUUCCUAUCCAGAGCCAACCUUUUAUAAUCCAAUUCCAUGGAAACCAAUUCAUAUGCCCCCUCCCAAAGAAGCUAAGGAUCUAUCAGCAAAGAAGAAUAAAAGACCUGUGAUAAGUCAGCCACAUAAGUCAUCAUCUGUGGUAGUUCAUAAAGCCAAAAGCAAUCUUUGCCUUGGAACUCUGUGCAGAAUACAAAGAUAGCACAAGUGGGAAAGAGCAUUCUUUUACCUGGAGCUGAUUAAUUUUAAAAUUAGAAAUCAUUUUUUACUGCUCAAUCAGUAACUCAACAUUUGAUGUGAUUAUUGACAAGUACCAAUUUUUGCAUGUGUAUAUAUGGAGUCCUUUAGGGUUCAUUGAGGAACUCUAACAUUUUGGUUUUAUAAACCUUUCAAGGUUGAUCUUGGCAUAUUGCUUUGCAGCAUAAGUGACUGAAUAUAUAACAAUUGUGUUUGCAUUUAGCUUGUAUUAAAACUACACAGUAAUACCAAUAAA